AUGUCUGAAAUCGAAUACCGUGUGUUGCGCUCCGAAGUUAGCAAUGGAAUCGACUGGCAGACUGAAGGCAGAACACUACUUUCGCUUUGCAAGGGCCGGCUGAUAGCCGAGGGAAGUGAAAACCACAUUGGAAAUGCUGCUGACUUACUCGAACAGUUAGAGGGUCAGAGUAAAUUAGGAAUCGAUCAUCUCGAGGUACUGAAGGAACUCUUGGAUGGAAUGAAGAAAUGUGCUCUGGUCGAUAAAAUAGAAAUCUUCGAGAUCAAAAGGAAAAAUUACCUUUGUAUGUUGGAAAAGGUAAUUCGUAAACUCGACGAGUUAAACUGUCUAGAACGACUGAUCAGAAUUUGCACUCCUUAUCUGGAGGAGGGUAUAGUGGACAGAAUAGAGAAUAUUCGCUUCCUGUUCAAGAAACUUGAAAGCAAUUGCCGUUUAGGACCUGCCAAUCUUGGAAUUUUGAAAGAGAUUUUGAAGGAAAUGAGAGAGGAUGAACUCUUACGGGAAGUAGAGGAAUUUGAAAAGCAACGGAAGGACGAGAAAAUUAGAGACAGACGAAGAAAGGAAGCUGAAGAGAGACGUCAAGCUCGUGUUGCAGCUGUUUACGCUGUACCCAGUGUGGUUGGAAGAAUUAUGGGAGCUGUAAAUGUUCACUGUAGUUUUCAGACUGUGGGUGGAGUGGUGGUGGCAGUUGGUGCUUGUGUGGUCCUGUAUAAAUACUCCAGAGGCGAUAACGAUAUCCAACAAUUUGCAAAUGUCUUUAACGAAGCAAUCCUUCCAGCAGCCAACAGCUUGAGGGCAAUAGGGAAUGGGUCCUUAUGCUUUACAGUCCAGGCAGAAGAUAGAGCAGCCCUCCAGUUGCUAUGGGAACAAUACCAGGACAACACACUACAGACAAAGCUGCAAGACUUUCUGGUGACAGAAGAAAUAAAGCAACUGGCAGAUGGUGAAGACAUGAGUGUGACUGUAUACAUUGAUGAGCAGGAAUAUCAAGAUGCUUGUUUGGAUUUUAUGAUGGAGUUGCAAGUCUUUAGUGACGAGGAGUAUGGUCAUCACAGAGACACAAAUAGAAGGAACUCAGAUUCUGUCAUCUAUAUUAAACCAAAGGAAAAUGAGGCGGCAGCUGUACUGUCUUCGCUGAAAACAGCAGAAAUUAAAUUUCAGCGAGAGAAAAUUGAAACCCUGGAAAAUCAAAUCAUCAGGAUUUCAAAGGUAUACAGUGAAGAGGAAGAAAGAGAUCUAGAAAUUCAACAGCUUGGACAUAUCGCCGAUCAGCCAGAUGAUGCCAAAUCUGAUGUUUAUAGGAAUGAGGGUAAUGAGGCCUUCAAGAAAGGAGAUUUCAUCAAUGCUAUUCAUUUUUACACCAAAGGAAUUAAAAUGAACUGCAAUGACAAAGAACUGAAGGCCAAACUGCACAACAACAGGGCAAUUGCACAUUCUAAACUUGGAAAUCACCAGGAUUCACUAAGGGAUGCAGAAGCAGCCAUUGAGUUAAAUCCAACUUUCCUUAAGGCAAUUGUGAGAGGAGCCACUGCCUGUGUUGAAAUGAAGAGAUUUGAAGAAGCAAUCACUUGGUGUGAUAAGGGAUUAGCUGUAUCCUUUGAAGGAAUCUUUAAUUUACUUCAGUCUGUCAGAGAAGUGGGAGAUAAGUCCAUCGAUGAAAAAGAUCAUAUUAGCUAUGACCAUGGUAAUGCAAGUUCAGGAUAUGUCAAGAAAGUCAUAAAGAACUACAACCUAAAUCUUAAAAUAGCUAAAGAAGUUGGAGACAAGCAUGAAGAGAGUAAAGCUUAUAGCGUUCUUGGUAAUGCUUACCACUGUCUUAGUGAUUUCAAACAAGCCAUAGCGUACCACGAUUUACAUCUUCAACUAGCUAAAGAAGUAGGAGACAAGCAUGGGGAGGGUGAAGCUUAUGGCAAUCUUGGCGAUGUUUAUAACAGUCUAAGAGAUUUCAAAAAAGCCAUUGAGUACCACCACUUACAUCUUAAAAUAGCUAAAGAGGUAGGAGACAAGCAUGGGGAGGGUAAAGCUUCUUGCAAUCUUGGCAAUUUUUAUAACAGUCUAAGAGAUUUCAAAAAAGCCAUUGAGUACCACAACCAACAUCUUAAAAUAGCUAAAGAAGUAAGAGACAAGCAUGGGGAGGGUGAAGCUUAUGGCAAUCUUGGCAAUGUUUAUGACAAUCUAAGAGAUUCCAAAAAGGCCAUUGAGUAUCACAACCUACAUCUUAAAAUAGCUAAAGAAGUAGGAGACAAGCGUGGGGAGGGUAAAGCUUAUGGCAAUCUUGGCAAUGUUUAUGACCGUCUGGGUGAUUUCAAAAAAGCCAUAGAGUACCACAACCUACAUCUUAAAAUAGCUAAAGAAGGAGGAAACAAGCAUGGGGAGGGUAAAGCUUAUGACAAUCUUGGCAAUACCUAUCACAGUCUGGGCGAUUUCAAAAAAGCCAUAGAAUACCACAACCUACAUCUUAAAAUAGCUAAAGAAGGAAGAGACAAGCAUGGGGAGGGUGUUGCUUAUAGCAAUCUUGGCAAUGCUUAUCACAGUCUGGGUGAUUUCAAAAAAGCCAUAGAGUACCACAACCUACAUCUUAAAAUAGCUAAAGAAGUAGGAGACAAGCAUGGGGAGGGUAAUGCUUAUAACGGUCUUGGCAAUGCUUAUCGCCGUCUGGGUGAUUUCAAAAAAGCCAUAGAGUACUACAACCUACAUCUUAAAAUAGCUAAAGAAGUAGGAGACAAGCAUGGGGAGGGUAAAACUUAUGGCAAUCUUGGCAAUGCUUAUCACGGUCUGCGUGAUUACAAAAAAGCCAUAGAAUGUUACAAGCUAGAACAUAAAAUAGCUAAAGAAGUAGGAGACAAGCAUCAGGAGGGUAUUGCUUAUAGUAAUUUUGGCAAUGCUUAUUUCAGUUUGGGUGAUUUUAAAAAAGCGAUAGAGUAUUUCAACCUACAUCUUCAAAUACUCAAAGAAGUAGGAGACAAGCAUAGGGAGUGUGCUGCUUAUAAUAAUCUUGGCAAUUCGUAUCGAGCUCUGGGAGAUUUGAUAAAGGCCAACGAGUUAUACAACCUAACGCUCAAAAUUGCCAGAGAGUUGGAAGACAAAUCCACAGAGGCAACUGCGUACUAUUCAUUAGGAUGUGUUUUGGAGCUGCAGGGUAGACUGCCAAAAGCCGUUGAACAUUACCAAGCUAGCAUAAACUUAUACAAUUCCUUAAGAGUACUUCUAAAAUCUAAAGAUGAGUGGAAAGUUAAUUUUCGAAAUCAGUAUCAAACGGCAUAUACGGCUUUGUGGAGGGUUCUCGUAAAACAAGGUAAUAUAAAUGAAGCCUUACUUGCUGCUGAGAAAGGACGAGCUCAAGCUCUGAUCGACCUCAUGGAAUCCAGUUUUUGUUGUGGAACAAGUCAGCAAAAGACAGGCGAUGAAGAUUUAGCAAUUUUAAAGAACGUUCCCUCGGACACUCUCUUUCAGGCAGUGGACGAAGCCAACGAAGCCGUCAAUCUUUGGGUUGUGUCCGAAGGAAAAAAAGUUCAGUUAAGACAAAGUAAACUGAAAGGUCUUGUUUCAGAGAAUAGUGGAGCUAGCCAGUCCUUUGAGUCGUUCAUGCUCGGUGUCUAUACACAACUUGGUGUUCGUUCUAAUGUGAGAUGCGAGAAUCGAUCUUUGGAUGCUUUGAGGGAGAGCCGUUCAAAAGUGGAUGAGAAAACUAAAGAAGACAACCCUCAACCUCCCAUCCAACAAAACGAAUGCUUGAGCACUUUGUAUGAUACCGUUAUGAAGCCGGUGGCUGACCUGCUUCAAGGGGAUGAGCUACUCAUUAUUCCCGAUGGACCCCUGUGGCUCGCUCCUUAUGCUGCAUUCAAGGAUGGUAACUCUAAAUACCUGUGUGAAUCGUUCAGAAUUCGACUCGCUCCAUCGUUAACAAGUCUUCAACUUAUUGCCGAUUGCCCAGAUGAUUGUCACAAAAGUAGUGGUGCGUUACUUGUAGGAGAUCCGUGGGUAGCCGAGGUUACUAACAACGAGGGAGAGAAGCUCCUCGAGCAGCUUCCAUCUGCUAAAGAAGAAGUAGAAAUGAUCGGAAAAAUUCUGAACAUCAUGCCAAUCACUGGCAGACAGGCCACAAAACGUGAGGUGUCGAAAAGACUCAAUUCCGUUUCCGUAGUUCACUUUGCGGCACACGGAUGUAUGGAAACUGGCGAAAUUGCUCUUACACCUGACCCAGACCGAAUAUCUACUGUGCCAACGGAGGAGGAUUACAUUUUAAAAAUUGGAGACGUGUUGAACGUUCAACUUCGCGCCAAACUAGUUGUACUUAGUUGCUGCCAUAGUGGUCGGGGCGAGAUCAAGGCUGAAGGUGUGGUUGGCAUUGCGCGCGCUUUUAUGGGGGCUGGUGCUCGGUCUGUUGUGGUGUCCCUGUGGGCGAUUGAUGACGAGGCUACUCUUGAGUUCAUGAAAUGCUUUUAUCAACACCUUUUAAAAGGUAAACCUGCAAGCGAGUCACUGAACCUGGCUAUGAAAAGUCUCAGAGAAUCAGACAAGUUCCACGACAUCAAACACUGGGCGCCCUUUUUGUUGAUUGGAGAUGACGUCACUCUUGACUUCAUGGAUAUUACGUAG